AUGGAGUUUGUUCCUGGAAGAACGCUUCAUGCUGCACUUGGAUGGAGCCGGGAGCAGCCGGUUCGAAAUAGGGAGGCGCUCCUCAGCCAAGAGGAAAAGAAGCUGGUUGUGCAGCAAGCAGCAGAGGCUUUGGUGUACCUGGUUGACAUGGGCCUGAUACAUCGUGAUUUCCGCACCACGAACCUCAUGGUUUCGGAAAGGAGAGCUUCAAUUCGCAUUCAUGUCAUCGAUCUGGGGCACACAAUCUUGGCAGAGUCCCGACAAAGUCGCAACAAAAGUGCUGUCGUCAGGUGCAACUGGAAAGAAGAAGAGAAAAAGCGCUUUGAUUGGGCUCCUCCUGAAGUCAAGACAAAAGAGAACUUUGUGAAUUUCGCGUAUCCAGCGCACUCAUUUGAUGUCUAUUCAUUUGGUGUGCUGGCCGUGCAGUUGCAGGCUUCUGGCAUGCAGGCAGCGCGCCUGGCUGUCAGUCGACUGAUGGGACUGGAGGAGGGCGACCGCAUCCCAGGUGCGCUUGGCCUUAGCCAGGACUUUCUUCAGAUGAUGCUUGGCGAGCCAUCCUCUCGCCCCAAUGCCGAGCAGAUUGUGGAGCACCUGCACUGCAAAGCGCUAAACAACACUCAGAAGCAGCUGGCUCCUCCUCAGCUCAAUGGCUCCAAGCACGCUGCUCAUGCAUCGGUUGUGACGGUUCCUAAGGAAAAGCAGGAAGCGAACGGCAGACAAGAAGAAAAAACCCAAAGCGUCAGCAUCGAUGUGGAGGCGGCUGAGGCGGCUCGGCCUCUGAAAGAAGGAGCUGAGAAGGCCAGAAGGCAGCAAGGAGGUGUUGUUGAUGAAGCUGACAUUGAGGAAGUUGUCGAGGGUGAAAUGGCCGAUGACAAUGACUCGCACUCAUCCACUGCGGAGGGAAAGAGGGAGACACAUGACAAGACAAGCAAGCCUCAAGCUUCUGUUAAGUCUGCCCUUCCCGAGCAGAAGGCAUCUGAGAGUGAGCCACGCACGAACAAGCGACAGCCGGACAAGCAUCCUGAGGAGCCGUUGAAAAAACGGCGCGAAAAAAAGUCGGCUGAAAUGGAGCCUUCCGAAGCAGAGAAAGAGCCAGCAAACCAGUCUUCGCAACCGAGUAAUGCUGAGCCUGAGAUACCACAGGCUCUGAGCGUUGCUAGGGCUGCUAGGACUGCCGAGCCUGGACCUGCAGCACAAGGACUGGAAAGACUUCCUGCAGCCUUCGCAGUCUCCGCAGCCGGAGAAGAUCGCGGACUGAAGAGACAGCUUGAUGCAAGUACCAAGCCUACUCAGCCUACAGACUCGGAAGAGGAUGCAAAAAGAAGAAAGCAGGAGAGGGACGAUCAAGAAAGGAAGGCUGCUGAACUUGCUGCAGCAAAAGCGGCACAAGACCUUCGUGAUGCAAGGCGUGAAAGGAUUCAAGAGCGAAUUCUCUUGAAGCAGCUGGAUGGAAACCGAAAGACCAAGGAACGUGUGUCGCCUGAUGGCAAGGCAAAAAAGCAACAGCAAAAAAGUGCCGGAACCCCGCCAGCAGAGCAGAAGGCUUCACAGACAAACACCGACCGAAGUGCAAGCGCUCCUGCGCCAGAACCUCGGCGAAUCGCGUUUGAAGUUAGAACCCUGCAGGAAGCCAAGAAAUCGGAGCGCACCAGUGGUGCAGAAGUCCAGACAACCCAUCUGGCGCAGAUGGCGCAGAUUCAAGCUGUGCAGCCCGAGCCGAAGCAGUUGGAGCAGACAUCAGUCGCCGUGACUGCGGUGCAGGAGCUUCCAGUCCAGACGCCUAUGCCUAUGCCUGAGCAGAAGGUGGUGCCAAAGUCUUUGGCAAAAGAAAAGUAUGACAUGAAGAGCCAAGUCAGCGAAAACCAUCAGACCCUUCAGUCUCAGAUGACCUUGAUGUAUGCUUGGAUGCAGCAGCAGAUGAGCACCUUGGACAACAGCCAGGCACAAAAGCCCGGAGGAGACUACCUCACUGCCUAUGCCCAUGCCUUGCAGUCACAAACACAAGCAACGCAAGCACAACCACAAGCCAGUCCUGCCAGUGAGGCAGAAGCUCUGCAGAGCUGGAGCCAGGCUGUGCUACUGUCGCAACUGACUAGUGCCCAGUCUUUGCCAACAAUUGCACCACAACAAUUCCCAACACCUAUACACCCUCAGCUGCAAGCACUACUGCCGCUUGCCACGACACCGCCUGCUGUGCCAAUUGCGGCGACAGUUGUGCCUGCCAGACAACAUCUAAACUCAACACCUCCAACACCAAAGGCUCCACAAGUUGUCAUGCCAAAGCCAGGUUUUGCAAAGCCGCCGGCUUCAUCAUUUACCAAGUCAGCCCUGUUAGCGCAGAUUCCCUGUAAGUCUGGAGAUCCAGCAAAAGCAGCGAUGCUGGCGCAGAUACCCUGCAAAAGUAGAGGUCCCUUUGCGCCCAUGUAA